GCAGUGGUUCUACCGGAGCUUUCACUCUGAGGCGACGGCAGAGAGGAGAAUCCACCAGCAGCUCCGCGUCCAGCUUCUCACCGAGACAUCAUCCACCAAACACACUUCAGCAAUGGCGGAGGCCCACCAGGCAGUAGCGUUCCAGUUCACCAUCACACCAGAGGGUAUCGAUCUGCAGCUGUCCUAUCAGGCCCUGAAUCAGAUCUACCUGUCCGGAGUGCGAUCCUGGAAGAAACGAGUCAGCCGAAUCAGGAACAGGGUGAUAAAGGGAGUGUUCCCUGCGAGCCCUUCCUCCUGGCUCUUUGUUGCCAUUGGAAUCCUGGCCACCAUGUACAUGCAGUCAGACCCCAGCAUGGGGCUCAUCGCCAAGAUACAGCAGCACCUGCCGCUCAGUCUCCAUGUGUCCCUCAGUGCCCAGGGUCAGACCAUGGUGUCAGCGCUGGUCUUCAGCACUCUGUUAUGGCUCUCCCUCAUCCUGGCUCUAAGGUUCUGCCUCAAACUGCUGCUCUCCUACCAUCAGUGGAUGUUCGAACAGCACGGCAGGAUCUCCAACACCACCAAAGUCUGGGUGACUCUGGUGAGGUUGUUUUCAAGCAGGAAGCCUUUGCUGUACAGCUAUCAAACCUCUCUACCUCACCUGCCUGUUCCUCCCAUCAAAGACACACUGAGCAGAUACUUGGAAUCAGUGCGUCCCCUGUUGACUGAUCCAGAAUUUAAACGGAUGACAGACUUGGCCAAUCACUUUGAGUCUAACCUGGGGAACCGCCUGCAGCGCUACCUGAAACUUAAAGCUCUAUGGGCCACCAACUAUGUGAGCGACUGGUGGGAGGAAUACAUCUACCUGAGGAGCCGAAGUCCCAUAAUGGUCAACAGUAACUACUAUGGCAUGGACUUUCUGUAUGUGACCCCGACCCCAGUGCAGGCGGCCAGAGCAGGAAACACCAUCACUGCCUUGUUGCUUUACCGCCGCAAAGUCAACCGAGAGGAACUCAAACCAAGUCGUGUUCCAGGUACUGUCAUCCCUCUGUGUGCUGCUCAGUGUGAGAGGAUGUUCAACACAACACGCACACCAGGAACUGAGACUGAUGUGCUCCAGCACUGGCAGGACAGCGAGUUUGUGGCCGUGUAUCACAAAGGGCGCUUUUUCCGCCUGUGGGUCUACCGGGCCGGCCGGCUGCUGUCUCCCAGGGAGCUUGAGUACCAGAUCCAGAGGAUCCUGGAUGACACUUCACCCCCGUUACCUGGAGAGGAAAGACUUGGAGCUCUUACUGCUGGAGACAGGAUUCCUUGGGCUCAGAUGAGGAAGCAGUACUUCAGCUCUGGUGUCAAUAGGCGAUCCCUGGAUGCCAUCGAGAGGGCAGCCUUCUUCAUCACCUUGGACGAUGAGGAGCAAGGCAUGAGGGGAGACGACCCAGCAGGAAACUUGGACCGCUAUGCCAAGUCUCUGCUCCAUGGGAAAUGUUACGACAGGUGGUUUGAUAAAUCUUUCUCCAUUGUGAUCUACAAGAAUGGGAAGAGUGGCCUGAAUGCAGAGCACUCCUGGGCCGAUGCACCAACAGUGGCUCACCUUUGGGAGUACACCCUGGCCACAGAUGCCUUCCAUCUGGGCUACACUGAAGAUGGUCACUGUAAAGGCGAGGUGGAUCGUUCACUACCCCACCCUCAGAGGCUUGUCUGGGACAUCCCCUCAGAGGUUCAGGCUCAGGUCUGCACUUCUCUGGCUGUUGCCCAGGCCCUGGCUGAUGACGUGGACUGCCAUGUGUUUCCCUUCAGAGAGUUCGGAAAAGGACGGAUCAAGAAGUGUCGGAUCAGCCCCGAUGCAUUCAUCCAGAUCAGCUUACAGCUGGCCUACUACAGGGAUCGUGGUGGUUUUUGUCUCACUUAUGAGGCAUCAAUGACCCGUCUGUUCAGAGAAGGCCGGACUGAGACAGUGCGAUCCUGCUCCAACCAGAGCUGUGCCUUCAUCAAAGCUCUGGAGACUGGAGAGGGAGAGGAACAAUGCAGACGUCUCUUCCGAGUGGCUUCUGAGAAGCACCAGAACCUUUAUCGAAUGGCUAUGACUGGAGCUGGAAUUGACAGACACCUCUUCUGCCUCUACGUGGUCUCUAAAUACUUGGGGGUGGAGUCACCUUUUCUCAAAGAGGUUUUGUCUGAGCCUUGGCGCCUGUCCACCAGUCAGACACCCGUUCAGCAGAUGGAGCUGUUCGACCUGAAGAACAACCCGGACUACAUAUCGCUAGGUGGAGGAUUCGGACCUGUUGCUGAUGAUGGUUAUGGGGUUUCAUACAUCAUUGUGGGCGAGGACAUGAUCAACUUCCACGUGUCAUCCAAGCACUCCUGCAGUGAGACGGACUCUCACAGGUUUGGAGUUCAGAUCAGCAACGCUCUCCAAGACAUCAUGGCUCUCCUCUCACCUGACACCAAAACGUCUUCAUCUCACAAAGCUGCAGCCCAGCCUCAGAGCAAGAAGCUGCUUUAAAUCCAGAUAAUAUUCCCCCGGAGAACCCGUCAUCCUGAUCAGAAAGCACAACCUAACAGUCAAAGGUGAAUUUAAUGAGUUAAAUCAAAGGGAAAUCUCAGCCACAGACAUAAAAGUUGCUGAGCUCUUUACACCAUUUCACCACAAAAAACAAUCAGCAGCCACACCUGUCGCAUCACUGCCCUGCCGCGCUUGAAUGUUAUGAUUUGCAUUCUUCCAUUGAAAAGGCAUUAAGUUUAAAGCUGUUUCUGCGUGACUGGGCUCGAACAAAUCUGCCUGUCAGCUGUUUAGAAGCAACACACACCUUUGUUUGAUCUUCGCUCUAGUGUGUAGUUUUUGUAUUUAGUUUUGAGAGAUGCUGCUUCUAGUCCCUACUUUCUCUGAGGAUAUGAAACCUGUGACAGGCGAUUUUUUAAGAAAGACAAGGCAAAGAAGGAAAUCUUUAGAAGCAGAGGAAGACAAACACGUCUCUGACAGUAAGAUCCUAAAUCUCAUUAAAAGCAAAAAGCCCACAGGCAUCAUUUAUAACAAUUUUAUGUUCACGUCAGUGGAGAGAGGAAGGCAAAAAGGGAGGUCCAACCAAAUUAGACCCGUUUAUUUAUUGUCAUUUGAUCUGAUGUGUUUGACGGGACAUGAGGUUUACAAGUUAGACAAUGAAAGUCUCAGUCUGAUCUUUGAGAACUUCAAGUCGUUACACUUGAUGUUCAUGUGAAAGUUUUACAUAACACCUGAUCUCUGGAUGAGCAGCCUGAAUCGAUGCGGAACAUUUCAGGUCAGUAGUUUAGCUGUUGUUACGGGUACAAUAAACUCUGUAAACAGUAUGCAGAAAUGUUUUCUACCAGUCAGAAGUUUGGACACACCUUCUCCUCAUCCAGUGCUUUUUAAUACUGAAGAUUAACACUUUUUUUGUUUACAACAUAAUUCCAUAUGUAUUCUUUUAUAGUUUUGUUGUCUUCAGUAUUGAUCUACGAUGUAGAAAAUAAAUAAAAAUCAUUGAAUGAGAAGGUGUGUCCAAACGUUUGACUGGUAGUGUAUUUAUCCCACCUACUAACCUACGUGUUAAAACUUUCUGCCACAACACAUCUGUAAUCUGCAAAGCCAUUUUCUUUUUAAUUAUUAGAAAUCCUGUAUUGUUGUUAUGUCCACAUUUGCUUCCGUGGUACACUUUGUGAACAGCAGCUGGCACCGGUAUUACAAGACUCCGCAGCGCUGUUAAUUAUGAAAAACUUGAUGUCAUUUAAUCAGGAUUUAAAUGUGAAUCCAUAUAGUAGAGGUGGGGAUCACAGAGUAGGUUGCCACGUGAGGUCAUCUUGGUUUGUUAGCUAGCGAUUUAGCAAAACAACAUACUGAAAGACAAUAAUCUAUGAUGCAUCAUGAUAGUUAUGUACCUCAAAAAGCAAGAAUUUUGUAUUUACUGGCGGGUCAGUCAAUUAGUGUCAGUUUCUUCAUCUUUACUGCGACUUCCAGUCACUAUUCCCAUCAUAUAUUUAACAAGUGACACCACAAGGAGUUGACAUUUGGUGCCAGUAUAGUGAUAAUGUAUCACAACAGGAAGCAAUAUAAGAUGUAUUGUGUCCUACCCUUACUGUUAAAGAAACCAGUGACUAUAGGUGUCAGAUAAAUGUGGACUAGAAAAAAAAGAUUAUUUUCCAGAGUCGAAGGAUAAAGAAGGCACUCAAGUACCUCAGACUUGUACCUGUAUAGAGCUGGUGAGUGAAUUUCAACAUUUGUUUGAUGGCUUUUGCCUGAACUGUUGAAGUGAGAGACUGGUUUCCUUCGUGAGGUUCAACGCGGACUUAAAUGAAACUUCUUGAAACUCGAAGCAGUCACCGAUGUCUUUGAACUCCUGUUUCACAAGCAGAGUUUUCUGUUGCACUUCAGCAUCUCUGUGUGCCAGCUGGAAGACGUCCAACCAUUCUGAGAGCUUUUAGAGCUGCAUCAGAAAAUAGUCAUGAGGAAACCAAAAGCAAAAUGAUGCAAGACCGACCGAGUCACUGCUUUGCAUUUGAUUUUACUGGUCGCCUCUUAUACGUAUUCAGAUGUACACGACCAUUCAGAAGUUAAGGGUCACUUAGAAAUGUCCUUAUUUUUGAAAGAAAAGCAGUUUUUUUUUAAUGAAGAUAACAUUAAAUGAAUGAUAAAUCCAGUCUAGACAUAGUUAAUGUGGUAAAUGACUAUUGUAGCUGGAAACAGCUGAUUUUUAAUGGAAUAUCUCCAUAGAGGUACAGAGGAACAUUUCCAGCAACCAUCACUCCUGUGUUCUAAUGCUACAUUGUGUUAGCUAAUGGUGUUGAAAGGCUCAUUGAUGAUUAGAAAACCCUUGUGCAGUUAUGUUAGUACAUGGAUAAAAGUGUGAGUUUUCAGAGAAAACACAAAAUUGUCUGGGUGACCCCAAACUUUUGAACGGUAGCGUACAUAUGCGAUGCCUUUUAUGUUUUGUUUUCGGGCUGUUUUGAUGGAGAUCAGGUGAUUACGAAAAGUGCAACGCUUUAUUUAUAGCCAAGUGGGAAGUAAGGGAAGACGGGAGACGUUUAGGACUUUCUCUAUUUUUGCAUUGUAUUGUCAGCUGAGUGUACUGGUUAAUGAGGUGUAGAUGUUGUAGAUAAUGUGUGGAUGUGUGCUUCAGCUUGCCAGACAGCCGUAUUUUACUGCAGGUCAAGAGAUGAAUAAGAGUAGACUGUGCAGCGUUGGGCCUGCUGAAACCCUUUUUAUGUUCCAAAUAUCCCUACCUGCUCUGAGGAGGUUAGAACUCUCUGGGCAGAUAUCUGUUCAGAUAUGAACUAUAAGCUUGAUCUGUAGUCACGUUGCCCAUUAAUAUAAUCUGAAACAUGCUGUGGGAAUUUGGUUUGGGAUGUUAAGGAGAGGAAAAAGGCUGCUGUAGGCUCCUUGUCUUUUCUCUCGCAGUUUUUCAGGGUUAAUUUUUGUGUUUAUUCGACAGUGACAAAGAGGAUAAGUCAAAAACGUGGUGAGAAAGUAGGUCGACUCACCCCAACUACUCGCUUCUUGGGUAACUGUUCUUCUUCAAGAUGUAGAUAUACAAACAGAAAUAAAAGACAAGUUGACUCCUGGGCCAAUGGGACUUUUUGCCAAGAGAUCGAUCAGAUGUUUCCCUUCGAAAGUCCUCACACUCGACGAUUCAUCUCUACAGCGUUUCAGAAACACGUGCCUGAAUUCAAGUGUUCUCUCAGUUUCAAUGCAACCUUUUAAUCAAUGCAAUUCCUAAAGGAAACCUCACAGCGUGUAUUUCUAAACUGUUGUCCAUGUGUUUGUGUCGGUAAGAAUGUAGAAUAGUUAGCUAGCCACCGUUAGCAUCAGAAUGAGCAUCGCAGAUAUACUUUCGGGUUUUUUCUAGACCUGAAAUUACCAGAAUAUAUCGUCUUCAGAUUAAUAUGAGAGGCAACAUUUGCUAGAAGUGUCCAGAAAGUUCCACUCCUGUAGCUAUGCUCUAAUAUCUCCUUUCUAAUAACCUCAGACCACAGUGGCUUCUAUUUCUGUCUCAGGUUACACUCUUAUGGCUCAUUUUCCAAGUUGUUUUCUGCCUUUCUGAUUCUUAUUGUACGACUUUUCACUGACACAGAAUCAUGCUGACAAAUCAGUCGGUUUUGUACAAGGUUUAUAAAGAAUUUUUCUACCUCUCUGUGCUCUUUUUCAACAAUUUCUGUACGUGUGAAGCCCAAAGGAACCUGCUUGGUGCUCGUUUUUGUUUCAUUUUUUGCCUUUAUUUAAUUACUUUUUUAUAAAUCUCCAAAAACAAGCUCAUGUUUGCAUUGGAAACAGUUUGAAACAAAAAAUUUUAGAUCAUCUUUAAUUACUCAUUCGUUGUUUUGUAUAUCUUUUUAAGGAAAUAAGGGCUUCUUGUAACGUUAAAAAAAACUCUUGUAGAGCUUCAGUUAAAUGCAUUAAAAUCUCUACUGCCUGAAAGAUGGAGAACCAGUCCAGCCAAUGUGCCUGAGUCUGCUUCACUGUGCCACAUUUAUUAUUCUGAAAUGUGUCACGGAGUAAAUGAUCUUCAGCGGUUUAGAAAAUGAGCCUUUUUCAACAAGAAAUCAGCAACGCUAGCCUUUAGCAGUAGGUUUACAGUUGACUUCAUGUUAGAACUACAGAGAAAUAUUAACUGUUGCACGUGUUUUUCUGACUUAUUGUGAUCUUAGAUUUGACGUUCUGUUUUUGUCUCUUUAACCUGGUUUACUCGUGAUUUCUAAAAGACGCUAAUAUUGCUCUUUUGGUAUGUCAUUUUCAUUCUAAAACCUAUUUAAGUGUAAAUUGUGGACUUUGUGAAGGCCUUUAACAGAUGGAUACGGUGUGCUAUGUAAAAUAAAAUAUUUACUCACCCUA